ACAUUUCACAAUUCACACUAGAAAUCCAAACCACAACCCAACCACUCCCUUUUCUUCUGUCUCCCUCUCUGUGUUUCUCUGAGCUUGUUGAUUGAAGGGGUAGGUGUGUUGGGUAGAAGAAUUAAGAAAAUGAAGGUGGAAGGGAAGAGGUAUGCUCUGUUGCUAGCAGCAAGGGACUCUGAUUAUGUGAAGAAGGUGUAUGGUGGGUACUUCAAUGUGUUUGUUGCAGCCUUUGGGGAAGAAGGAGAGAGGUGGGAUCUGUACAGGGUUGUUGAUGGAGACUUCCCUGACAUGAACGACCUCCAUAACUAUGAUGGAUUUGUGGUCAGUGGCAGCCCUUAUGAUGCCUAUGGCAAUGACUACUGGAUCCUCAAGCUUUGCUUCCUCUUGCAGACUUUAGAUGCCAUGGAGAAGAAAGUUCUUGGGAUUUGCUUUGGUCACCAGGUGUUGUGCAGAGCAUUGGGUGGGAAGGUUGGGAAAUCUUAUACUGGUUGGGACAUUGGGCUGAGGAAAGUGAGAAUAGUGAAGGAUCUGCCCCCAUGCAGCUUCCUUGAAGACAUGAAGGAAAUUCCUCCAUUUCUUUCCAUUAUUGAGUGCCAUCAAGAUGAGGUGUGGGAGGUCCCUCUUGGAGCAGAAGUGAUUGCAUUUUCAGACAAAACAAGUGUGGAGAUGUUCACCCUUGGAGACCACAUUAUGGGAAUUCAAGGUCAUCCUGAAUACACCAAAGACAUUCUCUGCAAUCUCAUCGACCGCCUCCUCAACAACGACGCCAUUGAGAGAGGUUUCGCAGAAGCAGCCAAGUUAACAUUGCAGAUGGCUGAACCCGAUAGAAAGUGCUGGGAGAAGAUCUGCAGGACCUUCCUCAAGGGAGCAUAGUUUCACCUCCCUCCCCCAACCUGGGCUUUCUAAUAUCCCCUUUCUUUCUUUUUUCUUUUUUCUUUUUUAAUGUUAUUUUAUGUUGUCACCAUCAUUACAGUUUUGUAUACACCUGCGUUUGAUGCCGUGAAGAAUAUUAUAAAUGCAAUUUGGCAAGAAAAUGUGAAAUUUUGUAUGUCAA